GGCCCCGCCCUGCCCGGCUCAGUCCCUCUCGCCUCGGAGCCCGAGCGGCCGGAGCCAGCGAGACCCGCCGCCGAGCAAUGGCAGCCAUCAGAAAGAAGCUGGUGAUUGUGGGAGAUGGCGCCUGCGGGAAGACCUGCCUGCUGAUCGUGUUCAGCAAGGACCAGUUCCCUGAGGUCUACGUGCCGACAGUCUUUGAGAACUACAUCGCUGAUAUUGAAGUAGAUGGAAAGCAGGUGGAACUGGCCCUUUGGGACACGGCGGGGCAGGAAGACUAUGACAGACUGCGGCCCCUCAGCUACCCAGACACGGACGUUAUCCUCAUGUGCUUUUCCAUCGAUAGCCCAGACAGUCUAGAGAACAUUCCUGAGAAGUGGACUCCAGAAGUGAAACACUUCUGCCCCAACGUGCCUAUCAUCCUGGUUGGAAACAAGAAGGACCUACGGAAUGAUGAGCACACCCGGAGGGAGCUGGCGAAGAUGAAGCAGGAGCCAGUGAAGCCAGAGGAAGGGAGGGACAUGGCUAACAGAAUCAAUGCCUUUGGAUAUCUCGAGUGCUCUGCCAAGACGAAGGAUGGCGUGCGGGAAGUCUUUGAGAUGGCCACUCGGGCCGGCUUACAAGUCAGGAAAAACAAGAAGCGUAAAGGCUGCCCACUCCUGUAAAGCGGCAGUGCCUGUGAAGAACGUGACUGCCAUCUGUACUGUAUCUGUCUUUUCCUGCACCCCCCACGUGUGUGAGAAUGGGGUACAGGAUGGGAAGAGCGCUGUUAGGUCUGAUGUCUAGAGAAUAUAAUGCGGCCUGCACCCCGCUGCCCAAAACCCACUACCUGAAGCACAUAUUGGGAGGUGUCUAGUGGUGCUUCUCUGUGCCAUCCGUGGACUGUCCUCCUAAGCCAGUCCUGGGCUCUGAAGGGCCAAAUGGCUUUGGACCAUCUUUGGCAGACACUUCUGUUUUGUAUACACCAUACAGUGCAUUUGAGUAGCUCUCGGUGUUGUUCAGUCCCAUUUUAUACUAAUUCUUCAUCCUCUGUUCCUGUCUGAUGCUCUGUACAGAUUCUCUGCAAUAUUUAAUGUCUACUUUCAUACUGUUCGAAUAGACUCUCUGCAAAAUAAGGAAGCUCUGACACAGUCUGCCUGUGGGUGUGUGUUCCUGUCCUGGCAUCCUGGUUGUGUUUCCUUCAACUCUUUGCUUUGUCUCCAAGCCAAGAUGUUCAGCUGCUCCAGCUCCAGGGGGGUUUGGUUUCUCCCUCUGGUUAAGGUGUCCAGCACACCCACCAGCAUUUUGCACACACAUUCAUCAAGGCAGUCUCGGUUCUGUCUGUACUCAGGGCCUUGCCCUGUUCCACCAGUGCUUUGCAAGGAGCUGUGCUCUGCUACUGUCAGAAAUGCCCUCUGCUGCACUUUCACCUUGGACUUGCACUGUGGUAGUGUCUUCUUAUCCUCUUUCAAUAAAGUAAGGCCUUGUAAAAGAACCCUUGGCUGGGUCUUUUUCUUACACACUGAUGUUUGCCUUGACUUGAGUCCACUUGUAAAUUAAAAUGCAUAGUUGGGAGAAUAAAUGCAAAUUGAUAUUUUAAUAACUGUAACUUAGCACCUGUGCACCAUUAUUCUGCCCCAUGCAUGCAGACCUCUUGGGUCUCCUGCUCUCCUCUUCACUAGCUUCCUGGAGAUGUCCUUCAUUUAUCCCCAUGCCAUGCAGCUGGGCUGACAGGCUAGAGCAGGGAGUUGCCAGUCAGGACUUCUUGGUUCUUGGGGACAAAAUACCAUAGUUUUGUCCAUAACUUGCUGUGUGGCCCUUAGGCACUAUGCCUCCUACCUUGCUUGCCCUGUUUGCAAAAUAAGAGUCAGAACUACUUGCUUCACAGGAUGGCGUGAAGCUUCAUUAACACACUUUGAGCGCCUUGCAAAAGUCCUGGAGAGGGGCAAAGGCUGCCUAGUGCAUCUUUCAGUUUCUUUCAAGCCCUGCUUGACUGACCGAGCAGGUUCCCCACCUCUGCCCUGUUAGGACAAGGAGAGGAUGCCCAGCUAUAACUAAGAUGGGAGUGACGCUUUCAGGGAGGGACAUGGGAGGAUUAUACAUCCCCUGCCAGCUCUUGGGGUUGAGCACUUUGGGAACGUUAAGGAAACUGAGCAGCUGAGCUGCUUUGGGGAGGUGAGUUCCACAAUGAUGAAAUGCAAAAGGGAAUGUUGAGUGGUUUAGUCAAGAGUCCUUCUGUGAACACUGUUCCAAGCUGGGCCAUAGGAAAUGAGGUGGCUCAACUUUCUUCCCUAAGGGUGUAUGUGUGUGUUUUCUGCGCAGCUAACAGACGUUCUCUUCUGCAAAACCUCAUGCUGAUUCUCUGCUGGGAACUCCCCUCAGUACUCCAGGGGUUUCUGCAGUGGGAUUUCACCCAAUGCUCACAUGAGACAUCUCUUCCCUUUUCUGCACUGGAACAAAUGAAAGACUUCAAAACUUUCUACAAAUCCAAAGCUGACUUUUGGACUGAUAAAAACACUUUGAUAAAGUCAAAACAUUUUCUCAUGAUUUUGACUUGGUUUAAAAAAGUGAUUUAUUAAAAAAUGAGCAGUUCCGUUUUGAUGUCAGUUGGGACAUUUUGGCACCAUCACAACACUUCAUUCUGUAAUUUUCUAAAUAAAAUUUCACCAGCAGCUGCA